AUGGCAGCAGCAUUGGUGAGUUCUCAUUCUCUGGCUCCCUUGAAUCUGAAGCAAGAGGGGCUUCAGGUAGUGAGGGAGGAUCACAAUUCUACUUGGGAACAGGAAUUCAAGCUUCAAGGAAACAGCAGGCCAUUGUGCAAACAAUUAAGGCAGUUGUGUGAUGAAGAGACCACAGGACCUCAAGAAGCACUGAGAUGGCUCUUGGAGCUCUGCCAUCAGUGGCCACAACCUGAGACCCACACCAAGGAGCAGAUCCUGGAGCUGGAGCGGUUUCUGACCAUUCUGCCUGAGGAGCUUCAGGCCCACUUAUAGGAGCAUCCCCCAGAGAACAGAGAGGACAUGGUUGUUCUGGAGGAUUUGAAGCUGGAGCUUGGAAAAUCAGGACAACAGGAUCCAGACCACACAAAGAAACAAAAAUUGCAUAUGGAAGAGAUAGCCCCACUGAAAGUGGUUCAAGAGCAGCAGGUUCAGCCUGAGUGUGAAGUUUCAAAGCCUGAGAAAGAGAAGGAUGAGGAGACAAGGAUUGAGAAUGGGAAGCUUGUUGUAGUGACAGACUCUUGUGGAAGAGUGGAGUCAUCUGGGAAAAUCUCUGAACCCAUGGAGACUCAUUAUGAGGACUCUCCCUUAAAAAGGCAGCCAGCCAAGCCCAAGGAGACUGACUACAAAUGCUCAGAAUGUGGGGAGGGGUUCAUCCAGCAGUUGGAUCUGAGUGAACAUGCGAGUGCACACACGGGAGAGAACCUCUGUGAAUCUGAAGUAUGUCAGAGCUCUAGCCUUACUGGACAUCAGAAAACCCUCUCUCCAGAGAAAGGUCAUCAGUGUCAUGAGUGUGGAAAAGCCUUUCAGAGGAGUUCACAUCUUGUCAGACAUCAGAAAAUCCAUCUUGGUGAGAAGCCUUAUCAGUGCAAGGAGUGUGGAAAAGUCUUUAGCCAGAAUGCAGGCCUUUUGGAACAUCUCAGAAUUCAUACUGGAGAGAAACCUUAUCUAUGUAUUCAUUGUGGAAAGAACUUUAGGCGCAGCUCUCAUCUUAAUCGACACCAGAAAAUUCACAGUCAAGAGGAGCCCUGUGAGUGCAAGGAGUGUGGAAAGACCUUUAGUCAGGCCCUCCUCCUCACCCAUCACCAGAGGAUCCAUAGUCAUUCUAAAAACCAUCAAUGUAAUGAAUGUGGGAAGGCCUUCAGUUUGACCUCAGACCUUAUUCGACACCACAGGAUUCACACUGGAGAAAAACCUUUCAAGUGUAACAUAUGCCAGAAAGCCUUCCGAUUAAACUCACACCUCACUCAGCAUGUAAGAAUCCACAAUGAAGAAAAACCGUAUGAGUGUAAUAAAUGUGGAGAAGCCUUCAGGCAGAGGUCAGGUCUUUUUCAACAUCAGAGAUACCACCAUAAAGACAAACUGGCUUGAUGAGGUGUUCUCGACUUGUAGAACGUCAGAGAGGGCACAUUGAAGCAAACUGCAC